UGUCGGGAAGGCCUCUGUCGAGCCCUAGAGGAGCAGACAUGGCCAAUAACUCUUUUCGUGGGUCCAAACACGGCCGACGUGAUGACGUUAACCACGAGGCAGAGUUCAGCUGCUCGCUGCAGGAGCUGCGCUCGCUCAUGGAGCUGAGAGGACCGGAGGCUCUGACCAGGAUCCAGAAAAGUUAUGGAGAUGUUAAUGGGCUGUGUAGCAGACUGAAGACUUCACCUGUCCAAGGUCUAGAUGGAAACUCUGACGACAUCAACAGAAGGAAAAAGGAGUUUGGACAGAACGUAAUCCCUCCUAAAAAGCCAAAGACCUUUUUGCAGUUAGUGUGGGAAGCCCUGCAGGAUGUCACGCUCAUCAUCCUCGAGGUGGCAGCCGUCAUUUCACUUGGGCUUUCUUUCUACAAACCGCCAGAUGCUGAGAGACAGAACUGUGGCAGCGCGGCUGGCGGCAUGGAGGACGAGGACGAGUCGGACACUGGGUGGAUCGAGGGCGCUGCCAUCCUACUGUCCGUGGUGUGCGUGGUCCUGGUGACGGCCUUCAAUGAUUGGAGCAAGGAGAAGCAGUUCCGCGGCCUCCAGAACCGCAUCGAGCAGGAGCAGAAGUUCACUGUGGUCCGAGGUGGACAGGUGAUCCAGAUCAAUGUGUCCGAGAUCGUGGUCGGAGACAUUGCACAAGUCAAAUAUGGUGACCUUCUCCCAUCUGACGGCAUCCUGAUCCAGGGCAACGAUCUUAAGAUCGACGAGAGCUCUCUGACCGGAGAGUCCGAUCAUGUGAAGAAGAGCGUCAGUGAAGACCUCAUGAUGCUGUCAGGUACCCAUGUAAUGGAGGGCUCUGGAAAAAUGCUGGUCACCGCUGUAGGCGUGAACUCUCAGACUGGCAUCAUCUUCACACUGCUCGGCGCUGGUGACGAUGGCGAGGGCGAAGGUGAAGAGAAGGCUGAGAAAGAGAAGAAGAAGAAAGAGAAAGAAAAGAGGAAAGAGGAGCGGAAAAAGAAGGAGAAGAAGGACAAGAAAAGUAAAAAAGACGACAAAGGCAAGAAAGGGAAAAACAAGGAUGGAGCCAAUGUGGAGAUGCAGCCGCUCAACGAGGACGAAGAACCAGACAAGAAGAAAAACCUUCCAAAGAAGGAGAAGUCCGUCCUCCAGGGAAAGCUGACCAAACUGGCUAUGCAGAUCGGCAAAGCAGGUCUCAUAAUGUCGUCUCUCACCGUCCUAAUCCUCAUCACUCGCUUUGUGAUCGACACCUUCUGGAUUCAAGGGGUUCCCUGGACCAAUGAGUGUAUGCCCAUCUACGUGCAGUUCUUAGUGAAGUUCUUCAUCAUCGGUGUGACAGUGCUGGUCGUGGCCGUGCCUGAAGGUCUCCCUCUGGCUGUCACUAUCUCCUUGGCCUAUUCAGUCAAGAAAAUGAUGAAGGACAACAACCUUGUCCGCCACCUAGACGCCUGUGAGACGAUGGGCAACGCCACAGCCAUUUGCUCCGACAAGACAGGUACACUAACUAUGAACCGCAUGAGAGUGGUGCAGGCCUACAUCGCAGGAUCCUACUACAAAGAGGUGCCGGAGCCAAGCAAGAUCCCUGCCCAGAUACUGGACCUGCUCAUCCUGGGUAUUGGGGUCAACUGCGCCUACACCACCAAGAUCAUGCCUCCAGAGAAGGAGGGCGGGCUCCCUCGCCAGGUGGGAAACAAGACUGAAUGUGCCUUACUGGGACUCACCCUCGACCUGCACAGAGACUACCAGACCAUCCGCAAUGAGAUCCCAGAGGAAAGACUGUUCAAGGUCUACACUUUCAACUCUACAAGGAAGUCCAUGAGUACUGUGCUAAAGAACCAUGACGGCAGCUACCGAAUGUUCAGCAAGGGGGCCUCUGAGAUCCUGCUCAGAAAGUGCUGUAAAAUUCUGAUGGGCAGCGGAGAAGCCAAUGUCCUCAAAUCUCGGGACCGAGACCACCUGAUAAAGAACGUGAUUGAGCCAAUGGCUUCAGAGGGCCUAAGGACUAUAUGCCUCGCCUACAGAGACUUCCCCACAGCUGAUGGAGAGCCUGACUGGGACAAUGAGGUCCAGAUCCUCACCGGCCUCACCUGCAUCGCUGUGGUUGGCAUUGAGGACCCUGUGCGACCUGAGGUACCAGAUGCCAUCCGAAAGUGCCAGCGGGCCGGGAUCACGGUCCGCAUGGUGACCGGAGACAACAUCAACACUGCACGGGCCAUUGCAGUCAAAUGUGGCAUCCUGCAACCUGGAGACGACUUUGUGUGUAUGGAGGGCAAAGAGUUCAACCGACUGAUCCGAAACGAGCUGGGAGAGAUUGAGCAGGAGCGUAUUGACAAGAUUUGGCCAAACCUGAGAGUCCUCGCCAGAUCGUCGCCAACGGACAAACACACUCUGGUCAAAGGUAUCAUCGACAGCACGGUGCUGGAGCAGAGGCAGGUUGUCGCUGUUACAGGAGAUGGAACAAAUGACGGGCCUGCCCUCAAGAAAGCUGAUGUCGGCUUCGCCAUGGGCAUUGCAGGAACAGAUGUGGCGAAGGAGGCGUCUGACAUCAUCCUGACGGACGACAACUUCAGCAGCAUUGUGAAAGCUGUGAUGUGGGGCAGGAACGUCUACGACAGUAUCUCUAAGUUCCUGCAGUUCCAGCUCACUGUGAACGUGGUCGCUGUCAUAGUGGCCUUCACCGGGGCCUGCAUUACCCAGGACUCUCCUCUAAAAGCUGUGCAGAUGUUGUGGGUCAACCUCAUCAUGGACACCUUCGCUUCACUGGCUCUCGCCACCGAGCCUCCCACCGAGGCGCUGCUGCUCAGGAACCCAUACGGCCGAAAGAAGCCACUCAUCUCCCGCACCAUGAUGAAGAACAUUCUUGGACACGCCAUCUUCCAGCUGACACUAAUCUUCAUCCUGCUCUUCCUCGGCGAGAUAUUGUUCGACAUCGACAGCGGCAGGAACACCCCCCUCCAUGCACCACCCUCUGAGCACUACACCAUCGUGUUCAACACCUUUGUCCUCAUGCAGAUCUUCAACGAACUCAACGCCCGCAAGAUUCACGGAGAGAGGAACGUCUUCGAGGGCGUCUUCAAGAACCCAAUCUUCUGCACUAUUGUCCUGGGAACCUUGCUCAUACAGGUGGUCAUCGUGCAGUUUGGUGGUAAACCAUUUAGCUGUGUGAAUCUGACCCUCGACCAGUGGCUGUGGUGUAUUUUCAUGGGCCUCAGCAGCCUCCUAUGGGGACAGCUGGUGUCCAGUGUCCCCACCAGCUGGCUGAAGUUCCUGAAGACAGCAGGCCACGGCACGCAGCAGGAGGAGAUCCCUGAGGAAGAGCUGGAGGAGAUGAAUGACCUGGAUGAGAUCGACCACGCUGAGAUGGAGCUGAGGAAGGGGCAGGUGCUCUGGUGCCGUGGUCUCAACCGCAUCCAGACACAGAUCCGUGUGGUGAAUGCCUUCAGAGAUAGCGUGUCUCCCUACGAAGGCCUGGAGACGCCCGAGGCUCGCAGCUCCAUCCACAACUUCAUGAUCCACCCCGAGUUCCGGAUCGAGGACAUGGAGCCUCAUAUCCCCCUGAUUGAUGAGAACGAAGGCGAGGACGAGGCCCCCACCAAACGGAUCUCCAUCAUUAUCCCACCGCCGCUGACAGGACUGUCCAACCUACCCCCCUCGCCCAACCAGAACAACAAUGCCAUGGACGUUAUCACCCCACUGCACAAGGACGCCUCCAGGGCCGGUCUGAUCCAAUCCAACUCAGCGAGCCUGCCACCGUGUCCAGGGAGCCCUCUGCACAGCCUGGAGACCUCACUGUGA